AGUUGUUGUUAGGUUCGUCGUGUCGCCGCUGACUUUGAUGUCGUCACUUUCGCUUUUGUCGAUUUGUUUUGACCGUGUAACAAUUUAUAUUGAUGUUUUGUUGCUGUUGUACUCCUUCGUUAUUACUUCCACUUCUAUUCGAUAUUGUAUAUAUUGAAAUUUGUUUGUUUUUGUAGCUGCAGCUGGUGUACGGCCUUUGGGAAAAUUCAAUUUUGCGUAAACUGAUGCCGCAGCGACGCCGUUACUAAUGAUUAUCACAGAGCCUCAACAGAUACGUUUCGCACGCGUCGUUCAUUCACACACCGUUGACCGCACCGCCACUACACCACUUCCUCCACCUUUUUACAAAUAAUAAUAUAUUAAUAAUUUUAUUUCACUUGGUAAUGGUGCAACUAUGCAAGCUAUUGCACCCUUCGUCAAACUGAUUGUACUUACUACCCUUCCACACUAUUGGCGAACUAUUUAUUCUACACACAUACACCCACCGCACGCACACCACUCACAAAAUUUUCACAGCUCAAAAUUUUUCUUCCGAGUUUUUCAAAUGCAAUUUUACGCUUUAAACUCGAAAUUUUUGACAAAAUUUAUAUACCAAUUUGUUGUGCUGCUUUUCUACUACAACUAGACACUAGUUUAAAUAGGAAAUUUUAACUUUUUCUUUGUAUAAUUCUCAUUGAAAGGAACGCAGCAGUUUUUCCAGCUAGUUCAAUAAAGAAUCUCAAGAAAAUUUUCGAUUGACUGCAAUGCUGCCAGCAGAUUUCAUACUAAACGUUGGAUUCGUGCCAAUAAGACCCAGAAAAUAUCCAAUAAGAAUAUAGCGUACAACAUGACAAAGUUACGGAACAUUACGUGCGAAAGCUAUUUCUAAUAAAUAGUACGUUAAUUUUGUUUAUAAAAAUUGUAAAUGCUUUAAAAAUUGGUGAAAAUUUCCUAAAACUCGCGCAUUGCCAGAAUGUAUAAUAAAUUUGUAAUAUUUCAUAUUUAAUACAAAUGUACAAGAGAAGUCCAAAAGAAGUAGCAAAAUAUUGUUAAAAUUGUUUUAACUUGCAAAAAUCAACAUAAACUUAGCAAUUAUUUUUAAAUACCGCAUAUCGAAAAUCCUUUAACUCGUUAUUACUUUCCAAUUAUUUUGGCAGCACAAUCGCUGAUUUUAGCAAUCUGGUCAAAAAUUUUCAAUAAUCUAUUACAUUUAUGUUUCCAACAAUCUUUUACAUAGAGUCAACAGCUGUUUUUUGUUUAUAAACAAAUGCGAAAAGCCGGUGAGUCAAAAUAACAUAAUUUACGUAGAAAUUAAGCAUAAGAUGUUUCAAAAUAUGUUAAAUUUUAGAAUAUUUAUCAAUAUACGCCGGCAAACGUAUUAAAUUAUUUGUUAAUAAAUAGAAUUUAAUGGAAAACUAUUUGUUGACAUUUUUGUUAUUGUGUUUGUAAAGUGAAACACCAGCUGCGACACCUACUGGUAAUCGACACAAAACUAAAGUACAAAAAAACGAAUAAAUAUCGAACGAUGAGCGCAGAAUUUAUUCAGUGAAAAAAUCCAUUUUUGCACGAAAUUUAAUUGAUUUAACAACUUUAGGCACCACUAAACGGCGGUCAUGCAUGACGCAGACCUGGAAGCUAAUGCAGAUAGUGUUAAUUAUCUCAUUACACAAUUAUGCAGCAGACUUGCCAGCCAACAUGGCUUAAAGGAGCCCGAGUGUAGCACAGCUGUGCAGGAACUGAAGUCAAGCGCCUUUGAAAUCUUGCUGAAAAGAACCCCACAACCUAAUGUGUACCCAACAGCAGCUGAAACACGAGAAUUCGAUCCUCAACGUGCUGUUGAUAUGCACAUAUUUGCCGCCAAGUUGCAUUCGCGCGCCGAUCCUCUGGUUUGCGCACGUUAUGCGGCACUUGAAGAGCAAAUGGCAGCCAUUAGCGAUGUGCCAUACUUCACAGAGGGCAAGGGACGUGACAUGCUGCAACUAUUGCUCUCGCUGCAGGGGGAUGUGCGCAAGGAAGAUCAAGUGCCUGUACCUAGUCCGCCCACGCUGCUUGUACCUGGUCCAUUCACGCUCUUCGCCAGCUAUGAAAAUAAUAAAUAUUACCCCAAACAACAAACAUGCGAUCUAUUUAACCCACAACCGCGCUUAUUCAAGGGCAUAAAGGAUAUCGAGCCGCUUGAUAACCCUUAUCUGCCGAAAAAUUUACUCGGCAAGGAAUGCAAUUUGUUGGCGAAAAUUGAACAGAAAUAUGGUGCCAAGCAGACGCGUGCACCAGCCACAGCACAGGACUGCACUUUCACCGCGAUGACGCGUCGCUUGCUAGGCGCUACGGUGCGCAUAAAUUUGAAUGCUUUUCGUCUACUGACCGACAAUGAAACGCAACCAGCAACAAUUGUCAACAUGGCGAAUAAAUCGAAGUUAAAGUUAAAAGCUUCAGCGGCACAACACGCAUUGCCUGUGAUUGCAAAGCAGCAAAUGCUGGACGAAGCACCGCGUAUACUCUCCUGGAACUGGCAAAGUUUGGGCUGUCGUGGCGUGCUGCGGCAACGUCCAUGCGCUAGCGAAGCCGGCGUAAUGCUCGAGCUCAAGUGUCAGCUAAUGCAUAUGCGUGGACACAAAUUCGAAACGCUGGUUAUGACUUGCGCGGCAUUUCUGCGUGAUCUGAAGUCACUUACUGUCGGCAUUCAGUCGGAUAUAUUUCAACAUGAUGAACGCAUGAUCUUUUGCCUGCAUCCGUGCAUCACUGUGGAGGGUUUGCUGCCAGAGACAGUCAGCAGCUACGCGCUGACUUUUCAGGAGUGCGGCACUUGCUAUAAACGUUUGCAGACAAUGAUACAGAAGAAGGACUAUAAGCUGAUAUUUGAAGGCUUCAUAUUUCGCGCACUAAGCAGCGCCAUAGAUGAGUAUCUACUCACCUUUCGGCAGUAUGUUUUCGCGCAGCAUGAUGAAACGCUAAUUGCGUACUAUGCGCGCAUGCGCAAAGCUAUGCGUCAAAUAAGCAAUCUGUGCUUCACGCUGGCCAUACAUACAGACGUGGACGCGCAUGUGGCGCUGCCGAUGGGUUCACAGUUUCUCGGCUAUUUAUAUCGUGAGAUCGUGCACACAACCGAAAAGGACUAUAUUAUGCUAUUAGUGUAUAUACUGAAGUCUUGCUGCCACGUUUAUUUCAAACAUUUGCAGAAAUGGAUCUACUACGGGCUAUUGGACGAUCCAUCCAACGAGCUAUUCAUUUGUUUCGUGGAUCAUUAUCGCGCCGACACGAAGUACUUCUAUGAUAAAGCAUACUUUGUGCGCAAGGAAUCCGUGCCGGGCUUCUUUCAAGGCCAUGAGGAUGACAUUUUGCAGUGCGGCAAGUACACAAUGCUGCUGAAAGCUUACAAACCGCAUCAUCCACUAUUCGCGCUCGACUACCCGCUCAUAACCGUGUGUCUCACGUAUGCAGAAAUUCAGCAUCUCAAGAAGAAGUGCAUCAAAUAUAGAGCACAAGCACGCGCUGCUUGUGGCAACAGCGACAUUAGCAUACGUCAAAUAUUUGAAGCGCGCGAAGCAAAGAAACGCCAAUUCUAUCAGCGCGCCUGCCAGCGCACACGCGAGAAUCUCGAAAAAUGGGCGCUAGAGCAACACGAUCUCGCGUUGUUGGCUGCUGAGCAAAAGCGGCGUCGGUUGGCUGAGCUGACGUCACAAUUACAGGAUGCCAAGCAGCGCAAAAUUGACGAGCGACGCGCCAAUGUCGAGCUAGAGUUGCGCUUGCUGCGUGAAACCGAAAAACUGGAGGAGCAGCGUUUGCUGCGUGAAAAUAUCAAUUUGCGCAAACGUAUCGAGUAUUAUCAGGAGCUCAGCGAUACGAUGCGCAGCGCUGCUGGCGGUAAUGUGUACGCCAAUCAACCUACAGCAGCAACUGAGUCACAAGCCGUACUCGCGCAAUCGUCCAAAUCGCAUGCGCAGAGUGAAGGCAGCGGUGAGAGCAGCGCGACGGCACCACAGACGCCUGGCAGUGGCGGCACAGAUACCGAUUUUGAGUCAUGUUGCGGCGAAGUAGGGAAAGAUGCCGAUGCUGACGCUGAUGCCGAUUCAGCUUCAUUGUAUGCUGAAUGUCUGUCGGAGGAAUUUGUGCAGAAAUUCGCAGAAACUGAAAACGCGCUGCACGCGAUUUGUGUUGCGCCGUCGUCUGAAUGCGUUGGUGACAUCGACGCAGUUAAAACAUUAGUUACGUUGGCAGCGCCGCAAGAGAUUAACUCGGAGACUAGCUUGCAUACCGCGUUGGACUACAGCGUGUCACAAACAACAACCCUAUUGGCAAAUCCAUCACAAAGCACAUUUUUAAAGCGCAGCGCCUCCGAUGUGAUCAAUUCAAAUGAGUUGGCUACUGCUGGUGUUGCGCAAAAUCCCAGCAGCACAACGGUGACAAUAGCUCCAGCCGGCCGCACAGUGCCGUUGACGUCAAAUAUUAGCAGUACUACCAUUACCAUAGCACCUGCGCCCGUAGCAACUGAGAAACCGCUUUCUGAGGCACAACGCAAUAAGCUACGCGUGCUCGCGCACGAAUUCGGCACAUACAGCACAAACACGCAAGCAUCAACUCAACCAGACAUCAACUUAAAUACGCUACCAGAUGACGAGUUGACAGAUUUGCAGCGUAAUCGUCGACGUAUGAUGCAAAACGAUCCAUUUACCGAGUACAAUAAAAGUGCGCUACCCGAUCGCGCACAGCUGAACCUCAACUUGAACACGGAGCGUGCGCGUAAUCGUCGACGUGUGCUCGAAAGCGAAUUUGACAUAUUAACUGGGCUUACACCCUCAACUACCACAUUUACCGUGGAACAGUGCAUAACGCCUAUGUCCACCACCUCGGAUACACCGCUCACAGACUGUGCUACAGAUUUGCCGUCAACUGCAGCAAAUCAAGUUGAUUUAGCUAAUGGCAAUGUGUCGUCGAAGUCAGCUUUAAAAAUCAAUGUGGAACUCGCUAAUGAGCAACAACAACAGUUAGCUGAAAACGCGACUGCUGCGGAUGGGCUGCUUAGCUGCCAAACUGCGGAGACAGCGGAAGCAGCGCUGACGCCAGAUUGUGCAUUGAAUACGGCCGGCUUGCAGGCAAAACAAGGAUUUGAUUUUGUAGACAUCGCUCGUGUUAAGCAACAACAACAGGCAGUCGCCGUAGAGGCGGCUAUGCAGUCGGACACUAUGUCGUACACCUCCAGCGCUGACGAAACGGAGGAAGUAGCCAUUCCAGCACAAGACUACAAUGAUCCCUACAAACGUAGCAGAGAGUUGCUCGAGAGUAAUUUCACUUGCGCGACACGCAGUCCUUAUAUACGCUUGAAUAUGAGCAAAACGCCAAUGAUCGUGGCGGCCAAAAAGUCGCGUGAAUCGUUGCAGCAAUUGAAAGUAAACAGCAUGAGUGUCAUUACGUUGACAGAAUUUCUGCAAAAAUCCGUCAUUUUGCCGAUGACCACACACCUCGGCUUGGUCAAUAAUGAAGUAAUGCGUCUAUUUCUCGAAGAGUUGCAAAUCUUGGAUCAUCUGCGCAGCUUAAGGCAUUAUUUCUUUCUCAUGGACGGCGAGUUCGGCUCCAUAAUUUGUGACGGCAUUAUUGGCAAAUUGGAGAGUGGCGCAACUCCAACGAAGCUACUUAACUACCAAAUGCUGCACUCGAUACUCGACACAGCACUCAGCUCGAGCAUAACAGGCAAUGACAAAAACGCUGAGCAUCUCUCCUUCACCAUAAACGAUGUGCCGCAGAAAUUCGACCUUGCCAAUCCGGGUGUGCUGAAUGUGCUUAGUCUCAGCUAUCGCAUCGACUGGCCAUUGAAUCUCAUACUCAAUCCUGAAACACUAGAACAGUAUGGCAACAUUUUCAAAUAUCUGCUCAAAGUGCGUCGCAUCAGCUGGGUGCUGGAACGUGCUUAUCAAAUACUCAAGGAGUCGUUAAAAAAGCACGGCAAACAACUGCUACAGUCGCCACAAUAUCGUCAUGUGCAGCUGAUACGUCACAAAUUCUAUCAUUUCGUGCAUGCGCUGCAGAAUCACAUCACCGCCAAUGCAUUGCAGGCCUCCUGGAAGACAUUCAAAGACGAUCUGCUGCAGGCCAAAUCCAUUGAGGAUAUCUAUCGUAAGCACACAACCUAUGUGAAGCGCAUAAACUUUCUGUGCAUGCUAAAUCGGCACAGCGCGGAGUUCAAUAACACUAUUGAAAAUAUAUUCAAGAUAUCAUUGCGCUUCUACAACAACCUCAAGUCGCGCGAGUUCAAGCAGCGCAGCGGCGAUGAGCACUACACACAUUCGCGCUACGACAAGCUGUCCAAUGACGAGCAAGAGUUUGACAAAUUCAUCAAAUUCACUAUAUACCUCGGCACCAAGAUUGUGCGCCACGGUUAUCAGGAGGAGAUUGGACAACUGAUUGCCUUGAUUAAUGUGAAUCAGUAUUACAGCGCUAGCACAAUACCGUAACGCUUUAAAAUCCAUUUGCUUUAUAUAUGUAUGCACCCACAGAAGUUUUCUCUUAACGCUGUAAUCU